AUGGACCUUGGAGGAGAUAUUAGAUGGAGCAGGACCCUGGACACAGCGGGGGAGUAUCGCAGUCCUAAGGAGGAGCUAGAGGCAGCGAAAGCGGAACGGCGAUACUACGAGGAGAAAUACCGGAGAAUAGAGGAACUGCGAUACGGAAAUCAUGGGGCUCAGGGCCUGUUCCCGAGCGAGCCAUAUAUCCUCCGCCUCGGGCUCAAUGCUUGUGCACCCCUUGGUGUGAAUCUGAUUCUGAUCAUAACAAUCAUUCAGGAGAAAGGUCUCCAUGAGCCCAUGUAUAUCUUUCUGUGUAGUUUAUGUAUCAAUGGAUUGUAUGGAACUGCUGGUUUCUACCCCAAGUUCUUACUGGACCUUCAGUCAGAUGUUCAGGUGAUAUCUUAUGGUGGAUGUUUCACUCAAGCCUAUGUAAUAUACACAUCUGUCAUGUGUGAAAUUUCUACUCUAACGGUGAUGUCUUACGACAGGUAUGUGGCAAUAUGCAGACCACUACUAUACCAUACCAUUGUGACAUCUUUAACUGUUAGAAAGUUACUCUUAUUUUCUUGGUGUUAUCCUUUAUUCAUAUCACUAAUAGCACUUAGUUUAACAGUCAGAAUUCCUUUGUGUGGAUCUCGCAUUGAUAAGAUCUUCUGUGACAAUCCGUCUAUACUGAAACAUGCAUGUUUACCCAUAACCAUUAAUCAGAUUUUGAACAAAUGUAUGAUAUUGGUUCAUGUUUUACAGAUACUUUUCAUUGUAUUUUCUUACUGUCAGAUUGUCAGGACUUGUGUAAAGUCGUCUAAGGGAAGGAUUAAGUUCACACAGACAUGUGUGCCACAUUUAAUAACAAUAUUUAUGUUCAUCACAGUGACCCUGUUUGACAAUUUGCAAGGGUGGAAUAAUGUAAAUAUUACACUAAAUAUGCGUAAUGCAAUGGCCGUACAAUUCCUUGUUAUACCACCUGUCUUUAACCCUCUCAUAUAUGGACUUAACCUCAAGCAGAUUCGAAGAGCAGUUUUUAGAAAGUGUAAUGCACAUAAAAUCAUUGAUAUGAGACAUUAG